AUGGGGAAAAGGAACAAGAAAAGGGAAGGGGAAAAUGAGAAAGGGAAAAUGGUGACAAUAGAAAGGGAAAAUGGGAAAAGGGUUAAAGAGAAUGAAGAGAGGGUGAAAAGGGAAAGUUUAAAAUGGAAAGAGAAAAGAGGAAAGCGAAACACUAUAAGAGAAAGAAAAAAACAGAAAAAGGGAAGGAAAAAACGGCCGAAUGGGAAAAAUAAAUGGAGAAAGGAAAGAAUAGGAAACAGAAAAGGGCAAAGAGAACGGGAAAAUGAAGGAAGGGGGAUGAGGAAAUGGCGAAAAUGGAAAAGGGAAACUGUAAAAGGAAAUGGGAAAAGAAAGAGGGAGGGGAAAGGUAAAAAAGGGGAAAGGAAACUGGUAAAUGGGAUGGAGAAAGGGGAAAGGGAAAUUCAAGUGGGAAAAGUGAAAAGAGAAACGGAGAAGGGAAAUCGUAAAAGGGAAAUGGCCAAGGGUGAAAAGGGAAGAGAAAAACGAGAAAGGGAAAUGGAUGAAAAAUAA